AUGUUCGGAUCUCUCGUCGUAUUUUUUCCCACUCGCCAUGAAGGUGGUGUAGUCCACAUCCGUCAUAAGGGCAAGGAAUGGUCCUUUGAUCCCGCAGCAAUCACCGCCGCUCAAGAAAGUCCCUCAAUUGCCUUCAUUGCGCUUAAAUCUGAUGCUGAACGUGAAAUUACGGUGGUUAAUUCCGGCUAUUGUGUCACAAUAACCUACAACCUAUAUUUCGACGGUAGCGACACAUCUGCCACCCCUCAGAUAGGUGUCGAUGAAGGAGAGGCUCUUCAUAAAUGCCUCUCCACCUUACUUGACAACACUGAACUCCUGCCAGAUGGCGGCUAUCUUGGCUUCGGUCUUCGCUAUAUGUACCCCAUAACCACCAACUCUACGUCUUAUAGCCUUUUCGAGGUGAUUAACUCUCUGAAAGGAAGCGACGCUGUUAUAAAACGGGUUUUGGAUCAGCUUGAUCUGUCUCCCGAGCUCAAGAUCAUUUACGAAGUCGAAGAUGACGAUGAUGAUUGUUCACCUCUUCAAGUCAUGCUGGACAGCGAAGCUUCAUUCCCGGAAGAGCAAAGCGACAUGUCUCUCAAAGAAGCCCUUUCUGAGUACGGAACCAUAAUCCUAUCCGAGGAGAUUCACUGGGUUACACCACUGACAAGCUUCAGUCGUAUCACGUCCCAGUACGUCACAUAUGGAAAUGAGGCAUCGCUUCAAUAUGCCUAUGGAGACAUUUGUCUUGUGGUUGAGAUCCCUGUUACAGGGAAGAGACUAAAAGGAAAGAGAGGUGGGAGAAAGAGCGAGGAUAGUUGA